AUGGAAGAAUCAUCUAUCAAAUCGUUUAGCGACGAGGAGCCUCCAGAGAAUGUAGCGGAGCCCCUGAAAAAUAAAUCAGACAGCGAUCCUCAAAUAUCCACCGAUUUGCCUAUGCUGUUGGAGAAGAGUCCUAAUGGGACGGCUGCUCCCUGUGAAGAAACUGAAAUGUGCCUACGAAGAACUACAAAACCUGUAAAAAGACUUAUAGAGGAAAUUUAA